AAGAUAGCGGCUCCUUUAUUGUUUUUUUCUACACGCAAGGACUUUCUCUACGCUCGAUCACUAGACAAGAAACUUCCUACCCUUCAUGAACUAACGCACAUUAUCAAUUGAGAUGGGAAAACUUUUUUCAAAAGCAGUUGCAGUUGAGAUAACUUUACUGGACUCCCCAGUUGGCAACAAGUAUUCUCCGGUCAAUCCUGUUGUUAGAGCGGAUCUUGAAGUAAACUUCGAAGAAGACUUCAGCAAAGUUUGCUACUUCAAAGGUGGGGUGAAGGGAGUUGCCGAUAUCGUACUCCAUACCACGGAGCUCGAUCCAUAUAGAGGGCCAGGACAAAAUCCACGCUAUAGACGUAGGACGUUUACUCAAAGAGAUACAUUUUUCAACGCUUACCAAGAUUUACCCUCUGAUCCUCAUAAGGUCGAUGCGAAGCACAGUGCUGAAUAUGAUAUGCAGACAUUCACAUACAAGACAGGUGAACAGUAUAAGGCUCAGAUUGAAAUCGAGAUCCCUAGUAAUGUGUAUUUGCCUAGUACGUGUCAGGCAUUUGGCGAUUCCAGUGGUCAUGUCAGUGUAAUCUAUGAAGCGUAUAUUGAGAUUUACAAGGUUGGAGGCUUAUUCAGUAAAAAACCAAAGCUUUACGAGAGUUAUGUCAUACCAAUAGUCUACCAAUCGGCUAAAGACCCUCUCUACCCGAAAGCCAUUCAAGGUCUAGAUUACAUCAUGAAUGAGGUUUACACCAACAAGGUCAAAAGAUUUUAUUUCGAUGAAGCAAAACAAGCUCUCAUUCCAAGCUCGUUGCAUAAUAACCACACUAGAACUAAAUUUAUUAGAAAACUUUGGAAUGAAGAUUAUCGAAGUGAAAAUUACAGUAAGAUGACCAGAUCGAUACCGCUAGAUGUAGAAUUUGCCAUCAACUCAACACUGAAUCUAGCAGAACCAAUUAGGAAUCAGUUUGGUCUCACUUUGAGCUCCAAUUUGAAGGCCUAUGAUAUUGAGUCAAACCAGUCCACUGACUUUGUCUACAAUGGACAAAGUACCCACCUUGGUGUUUUCAAGAUAGAAUAUCUGCUUAUCGAAGCAUUGUAUGAAAGUACAAUUGAAUGUCACGGACGCAGGCGGAGGGUGGAUGAGAAAUUCAUGAUUUGCAGAGUAGACUUUACGGAUUUGAAUGUCGAUAUUAAAGAUUUCGAAUACGAUAAACAGACUGGUGUUUACAAGUAUGUUGUUCCAAUGGAUGAUAUGGUCAGGGCCGGUGAUUUGGAUAUGAAUCGAAGAUUGCUGGACAUGCUAGAAAAUAGAGCCAUUGUAUGUGCAGGGAACAUUUCCAAUUGGCUCAGCACUUCAGUUCAGAUCAGUUAUACUUGGAAGAUAUCGGAUGGAAUGGCUCAAGAUAAACAUAUUGCGUUUGUGACCAGCUCUAUGCCGGACGUUUUACUUGGAGCAGCGAGUUACAAUGCUGAGCAGAAUUACAACCAGAGCUAUGCUGGUGAGAACGAUGCUGUUCCAGACGCCCCUCCACCGGCAUACGAUACAAACAAAUGGGAUGAAAAUUGGGAUGAAAAAAAGGAUGAAAUAGUUGGUGAUGAACCUCGUCUUCAGCUGGGCCAGAAGCGGCGCGUUCAUGUCCAGCGCCGAGGGUGCACUGAGCUCCAUGAUGAGGUCCAGUCCUGCGCCAGCCUCCUGGAUUUUCGAGAGCUUGAGGAGCUUCGAGGACUGCUGCCGCUGCUGCUGCCGCACCGGCCCCGGGUACACCGCAAGCUCUCUGUACGUGUAGCCCGGCGCGGUCUGGAACAUCGAAACGCCCUGGUAGGUCAACGGGAACGAGAACGUUUCCGUCCGCUGCUUCUUCGGAAACCCCCCCACGUACGUGAUCUUCACGUACAGCUUGUACCUGACCGUCAACUGCGGCUCGUAGCCCUGCUCGUCCCCGUAGUAGCAGCACGACGUCGGCAACGCCAUCGGCGCCGAAAACAGCGCCGUCGUCGCCGGAAACGACAGCUGGAACGCCUCUGUCACCUGCUGGCCCUUCGCAAACGCCACACCCCUGCCCUCGCAACCCACGUCCACCCUCUUCUCCACGUCAAAGAGCACACCCGACUCGUUUUUCUUCAGCAAGUUGUUGUACUCAAGCUUGUAGUUGCCGCAGAGUCCGUACGAGACCCCGACCACAUUCUCUGUCUGCCUCAAGAACGAGACACAUAGCUGUCCUUUGAUGUCAGCCUCUGCUUGCGAAAACACUUGCGAGUUGUA